CACAUAUUCUUGGAGAAAGAUAUUCUAUGUCACCGAUCGGAUCGCCAAGAGACACACCCUAAGUCCCGAGGAGGUGGCGUUGCAGUUUUCCACAGGACAUCUCUGAUCCUAACAAAAAUCGAUUCGCUGGAGGACAAAUAUUACACAAAACACUACUGUGACAUACUAACUAUCGAGCACAAUCCGUCAAGCUCAAGAUUCAUCCUGAUCUAUAGACCUCCAGGCACGUCGUCUUCUCAAACUUCAGCACUCUAUGCGAACAUAUCGGAGCUUCUCAGUAGUUGUGUGAGACGCAACUAUGUGCUCGGAGACUUCAAUCUACCAGGCAUUCAUUGGUCGGAAUCUGAGCGUCUACCGGACUUGCUGCAUCAUGAUCUCUCAGCUCUUAUGAUCUCCCACAAGCUCACACAGGUAGUAUACAAACCCUCAAGAGUGGCGCUAUCAGGAUUGGAAAAUUUUCUGGAUCUCAUAUUUACCAACAGUCCAUUGUCAAUUACAAAUGUCGAAUCCAAACCUCCACUGUUGUUGUCUGACCACACCUCCAUCAAGUUCUCAUUGGAAUCAAGCACAUCAAUUGAUUUGCCGCCCCAGAAGAAAGAUACCAGAAUUCUUCUCUUCCGUAAAUGCAACUUCCCAGCCCUCAAUCUACACUUGCUAUCUUUCAACUGGUCGCGCCAAUUUGCAUAUUUUUCAAAUAGUGAAACAAAACUGAUUCACUUUCUGAAGAUCUUCAACGAACUCAUACGGGAAUAUACACCAAGCAACGGGCAGGCAUCUCAUCAAAAUAUAAGAACAACUUACGCAAAAAUUAAGAAACGACGCUCCAUAAAUUCUACCGUCGAUACGAAAACAGCUGUGAAAGCACGAUUACUUGCUAUCAGAAAAAUGUUGGCCAGACGUGAAACUCAGAUCAUCGACUCAAAGAAUAGCCAAGAACUGUUCAACCUGGUGAAACAGCGAAUAUCAAAGCCAAAUGCUAUCACAAGUCUUCUGAUCGAAGGACAAACGACCACUGAUCCAUUGGAAAUUGCAAAUGAAUUUGCAAAAACAUUCGCCAAAGCAUUCACUCCUUCCUCGGAACCGUUUCCAGCACUUCCUGCUCAGAAGCCAUCAAGAAUCACUCCGGAUUUUUCGCCAGUCAAUAUCCACAGGAUUAUACAAAGGUUGCGACCGAAGAUAGGUUACUCACGAGAUCUCGUAAAUUUCUACGUGGUCAAGAACUGUGCCCAUGCGUUAACAAUCCCACUGUCAUUGUUGUUUUUGGAAUCCUACGAUUCAGGACGAUUCCCGGAAAUUUGGAAGACGUCUGUUGUCAUACCAGUUCAUAAGAAAGGCAAGAUGUGUGAUGCUAAGAACUUCAGACUUAUUUCACUGACCCAUCCGUUGUCAAGGCUCUUUGAGAAACUGAUAAUGGACAAACUACGAAGUCAGUCUAUAUCGAAACUUUCACGCUUCCAGUUUGGAUUUAUGAAUAGCCGUUCCUGCACCCUUGCACUUCUGAACUCCAUCUCAAAAGCCUACGAAAUACUAUCCAACCGCUCCAAUUACGUUGACAUGGUGUAUUUCGACUUCCGCAAGGCUUUCGACUGUGUCCCGCACAACCUACUUCUAUGCAAGAUGCAACUCUUCGGAAUGGAUCAAAAGAUUUGCAAUUGGUUCCAGUCAUUUCUCUGUGGUCGUAAAUCAAUAAUCAAAAUUGGAGAUUAUGUAUCAGAUCAGAAUUACAUCGAUGUGAUUUCGGGAGUGCCCCAAGGAUCGGUCAGUGGACCGUUCCUCUUCUUAAUAUACAUCAACGAUUUAUUGGAGUUGAUCCCAUCUGAUGUCCAUGUUUAUGCCUUCGCCGAUGAUAUCAAGCUACUUGGUGACAAUGUCAGCGCUAUUCAAAAAUCAAUCAAUGUCGUGACCGAUUGGUGCGCAAAAUGGAAAUUGAACCUUGCUGAAAACAAAACCAAUGUUAUCCACUUUGGAAAGCGGAAUCCAAAAAAUGAAUAUUAUGCAAACGGAAUGAAAGUCACCAAAAAGGACUCAGUGAAAGGCCUUGGAAUCUUCGUCGACGACAAGCUGAACUUCCAGAAGCACAUAAACAUCAUUUCGAACUUAGCCCUUCUCAAAUGCCGGCAGUUACUUCGAUCCUUCCGCUCAACAAAUGCCAGCCUUUACUUCAAAUUGUACAAUAUCUAUGUGCAGCCAAUAUUAAACUACGGAUGUGAAAUCUACAACCCGAUCUCUAAAAAUCUGAUUAAACAACUGGAGUCGCCACUGAAGUUUUUCUCGAGAAGAGUCUUCCAACGCUGCAAUCUAUCAUACUCAUCAUAUGAAAACCGUCUAGCUCAGAUGAACCAAAAGUCAGUUCAACACCUGCGGAUUCUUCAAAUAUUGAGGACCUAUCACAACAUCCUGUCUGGUGAAUACCACUUUCCGAAUGCCGCAUCAACUGUGAGGAAGGCUCGCUCGCCCAGAUAUCCGUACAUGAUGUGCCCUUGUGGAUCAAUCAACGAAAGCUUCCUACUAGUCAAUCUUCACCUAUGGAACCGUAUGGCCAAGUUACUUCCGGGGACAAUGAGCCGUCAAAUGUUUGCAUCACGAUUAAAUUCUAUCCCGUUUAAUUAUUUUUCCCACCCAACUUGA